AUGGAGUGUACCGAUCAUAGACAUGGAGUGUCCCAAGCACUCUUAGUCGUCGUCUUCUUCCUCCUCCUCCUCCCACCGAUCAUCGGUGAAUCAACCGUCCCUCCGGUGGCCAAUCCGCCUCCGAUAGACGGAAGCACGAUUUCCCCGACGCCCCCUCCAGUGAUUAGUCCUCCUCCGGCGAGCUUCCCUGUGGACGGCCUCAAGGUCUGGGCGAGGAUGGACUUGUUCGGUGGCCGAGUCAACAUUGAGGUCGGCGAUCCGGCAGCCAACCAGUGCUGCCAGAUGCUGCAGGGGAGAGUGGAUCUGGAGGCUGCCGUCUGCCUCUGCACAGCCAUCAAACUCAAGCUCAUCAACCUCAACGUCUGCCUCGCCCUCCUGCUCCCCCUCACCUGA